CUGAGAAAGUUGUCAUUUCCGAUGCGAUUCGCGUGUCUAACGCCAAAAACGGUCAGUAUAUAGAAUAAAUAAUAUAUGUAUAUGCAUUAUAUAUGCACGUAUAUAAUACGAUUUCAUUUUUUUUUUGGGUCUUAUAUUUAUACCGAACAAGAGGAGAGCUCUCACCUAUACAAUAUUUGUUUCAUAUUAUUCUUUUUUUUCUAGUUUCUCUAUUCCACAGUACGACCGACAUUGACUAUACAUACAUGCGGUGCGAUAUAUCGAAUUCGCUUUGUAGGACAAACAUAGUUAAACGUGUUUACACAGCCCACUUUUCUGUUAUGUGUCUUUUUAUUGUUUCGUUUAUUAAGCGGGUUUGCAACGAGGUUAGUGCAACGUUAUAAGUGCAGUGGUGCUCGGUUAAAUUUUAAAAUUUCAGGACCUAGUGUUAGAAUUCUCGCGAAUAGGGUAGCAUUCAUUUUCCACGGAUUGGCAUGAACGCAACUUAACAAAGUCGGAAAAUGGAUACAAUGAGAAGAAGCAAGAUAAAUACAGUAUGCCCAGCAUUGACGGUCGAGACCCGACAUUUUAAAGGGAUAAUACAUACUUCACAUAUAAACAUGCAAUAAAGAAAAUAUCAAUUUCAUUAAUUUCAAUUUUACUUUCUCAAACGCAAUACUAGCAAAUUGUCGAGAUUGUUAUAAUUAAAAUAAGUCCAAACACGAUGUAAAUCGGACUAGUUUUACCGACUAAAUGUAAUUAACAAAAUUAAAGGUUCAUUUUCCUUAAAUCGAUCAAAUUAAACCGAUUUACGUCGUGUGUGGACUCAUAUUAAUAAGAAAAAUUUCAAUAAGCCAUUGGUAUUAUAUUUGAAAAGGUAAGACUGAAAUUAUUGAAACUAAAAUUUUCAUCAUUGCACAAUUGCUGUUUUUGUUGCGGCACCUUAUUGAGUGUGCUGUUUCCCUUUCGUCCAUUGUAUUCAUUUGUUUUCCUUGUCUACUAAGAUCAGGUUACACUGCAGCGUGGUUCGGGACAGUGAGUGGUAGGGGAACAGUGGGGAUGGUUCGUUAAAAUUUAACUGAGCAUCACUGCAAGCAUUCCUGCAACGACCGUUGUGCGAGCAGAAUCUCGCAGCAUUAUCGAGCGAGAGUUUCUUACACACUAUUUAAAACGUUGUGUUUGAAAAAACCGAAUAUAGUUUUAUAUUAUAUAGUUGACCAGUGUGCAAUUGUGUUUGUGAUUUUUUACCGUGUGUGUGAACUUAACUGUAAAUUUGCGUGAACGUUGUACAUAUUAGCGAUUAAGUGAUUAUAUAUAAUCAAUUUAAUUAUACGCAAUGGAAACUGUAAAUAGAAAAAAAUAUAACCAUUUGACAAUAUCACAGCGGCUGGAAAUAUUAGAAAAAGUAGAAGAAGGUGUACCUGUGAAGCAUUUAGCAAAUGAAUUUGGGGUUACAGCUCAAACAAUUUAUUAUAUAAAAAGACACGCAGUUAAAUUUCGGCAACAGCUUGAAAGAAAACAUCCACUAAGAGUGAAUCAAAUGAAAAUAAAGGAUAGUACACUGCAUGAACUAGACGAUAAGUUGUAUCUAUGGUUUAUCGAACAGAAAGCACUCGGAAAUAUCAUAAAUGAUAAAAUUUUGCAAGAAAAAGCGUCGGAGUUACAGCGUUCAACGUUCGGUGGCCCAUCGACCUUUGAAUGCAGCCGAGGAUGGAUAUGGCGCUUUAAAAAACGUCAUGGGAUUUAUUUUGUUCAAGUUGCCAAUGAAAGCGUAGAUCCAAAAUUAGAGGAAGCAGAAAAUUUUGUAAUAACAUUUGCGAAAUAUUUAAAAGAAAAUGAUAUAACCCUUAACAAUUUGUACAAUAUGGAUGAAACAAGGUUAAUGUGGAAAAGUCUUCCAAGAAAAACAUUGGCAUCCUGUACCAUAGAGAAAGUAAGUGAUGGUAAACUGAAGAAAGAUCGUGUGACGGUAGGAUUUUGUGCAAAUGCAACGGGCACGCACAAACUUCCUCCAUUAUUUAUACACAAAUUUUUACGACCAAGAGCAUUAAAACACGAGGGAACCCUAUCCGUAGUGUACAAGAUGCAACGAAGUGCAGGGAUCGACAAGAGCACCUUUGAAGACUGGUACGAAAAUUAUUUUAAACCACAGGUGCAACAGCGUCGAUUGGAGAAUGGUGAUGUAGGCGGAAAGGUGAUUUUAUUGCUCGAAAAUUGUAGCAGUCAUAUUUUACCAGCAGAGAAUUUAAAAGACGGCAAUUUUGAAAUAAUGUACUUACCUCCAAAUAUUGCACCCAUCUUACAACCAAUGGAUCAAGGUAUAAUAGCGAAAAUUAAAUUACGUUUCCGACACAGUUUAAUUAAGAAAGUUCUACAAUGUUCUGGAGAAAUAAAUAAAUUUUACAAAGAUUAUAACAUAAAAGAUUGUAUAGCUACUUUAGAUACAUGCUGGCAGGAAGUCACAGCGCAGAACGUUCGAAAUUCAUGGAGAAAAAUUCUUAAAGGAUUAAAAGGAAAGACAAUGGAAGAGGAAGAAGAAGAAGGAGAAGAAACAAAUGAUUCGGAAACUCCUUCAAUUGUACAAAUGUUAAAAGAUUAUACCAGCUCAACAGUUAAUGCAAAAGAAAUCGAAGAGUGGAUGGAAUCUUGUGAUGAGGAAGAAAGGAGACCAUUGAACAUAGAUCCAGAUGAAAGGGAAGAUGAAGACGCAGAGGAAAACGAAGAUGGAGACGAAAAAGAAACCGAACAGAAAGACGAAGAGAAAAAAGAAAUAACAAUAGAGAAAGCUCUUAGCUUAAUUGUUGAUUGGUCAAAAAAAUUCGACCUCUCCGUGCAAAUGCGCGCACAUAUUUUGAAAGACUUUUAUGAGCAAGGACAAAACUAAGUGAAUAGAAUAAUUAUUAAUAAUUAGUGCGGAGAUUUAGUGCAAUGAAAAUGAAAUUAGUGAUUAUUGAAGUUCAUCAUUGUGUAAAGUUUUAAUUCGAAGCAAUCGCCAUAUUUCAUUACUUUAAGUCAGUAAAAUUAGUCCGAUUUACAUCGUGUUUGAAUUCAUUUUAACCAGAAAAACUUCAACAACCCAUCGGUAUUACAUUUGAGAAGGUUAAAAUUAUUGCAAUUGAAAUUUUCAUCAUUACAUGUUUAUAUUUGACGCGUGCGGCAUCGCUUUGAAGUCCUGCAUCUCGACCCUCGAUGCUCGAGAGACUGUUUAUCUCGCUUCCGCCCACUACAACGAUCCUCGCUUAAAUUAAAAAAAUGUCGGACUCCAGCAUUAAAAUUCUUGCGAGGAGGAAAGCUUUUUGCUCCCUAAAUCGACUCGAGCACAGCUUGACAAAGGCAGAGAAUCGAUAUAGUGAAUAGAAGUGGGAUAGAUAUAGUUCGUCAAACAUCGAGAGUCGAGACGCAUAACUUCAAAGUGAUGCCGUAUGUGUCAAAUAUGAACAUGCAAUGACGAAAAUUUCAAUUGCUGUACCUUUAACCAAACCUUCUCAAAUGUAGUACCGAUGGAUUGCUGAAAUUUUUCUGAUCAAAAUGAGUUCAAACACAAUGUAAAUCGGACUAAUUUUACCGACUUAAUGUAAUUAACGAGAUUAAAAGGUUCAUUUCCCCCAAAUCGAUAAAAUUAGUCCGAUUUACGUCGUGUUUGGACUCAUUUUAAUGAGAAGAUCUCCAUUGCGUGUUAUACUUGAAGCGUGCGGCGUCUCUUUGGCCUGUGUCCGUCUCUCUUCCUAUCAUUGUAUUCACUUUCCGUCCCUGUCUACUGGGAUCACGUUACACUGUGCUUGAAGUAAUGGGCAAGAGUGGGGACGAUUCCGUAAAAUUUAACCGUGGAAAUUCCUUAAAAAUUUAAGGGAGUAUCACUAUAUAUUGAUUCUCUGCCUUUGCCAGGCUGUGUUUGAGUCAAUUUCGGGAGCAAAAGACAAUCCUGCUCUCGAGAACUUUAAUGCUUGGUCCUGAAAUUUUUAAAUUUAACUGAGCAUCACUGUAAUGAGAAGAAGCGAGAUAGAUACAGUAUGCCGAGUAUCGACGGUCGAGACCCGUCGCUUUAAAGGAAUGCCGCGAACGUGAAAUUGACUCAAGCACAGUCUGACAGAGGCAGAGAAUCGAUAUAGUGAGCGGAAGCGGGAUAGACACAGUCUGUCGAGCAUCGAGGCUGGAGACGCGGGACUUCAAAGCGAUGCCGCAUGCGUCAACAUGCUAUAAAGAAAAUAUCAGUUUCAUUAAUUUCAAUCUCACUUUCUCAGACGUAAUACUAGUGAUUUGUUGAGGUUGUUAUAAUUAAAAUAAGUUCAAACACGAUAAAUAUAAUUGACAAAAUUGAAGAUUUAUUUCUUUAAAAUCGAUAAAACUAGACCCUGACUAAAUUGGCAUAUUGAUAUAUUUAUCUGUAGUGUCAAGAUCAGAUAUAAUGAACAGAGUAGCAUACUUGACUCAAUUUACAUCAGCAUACAACAAAGCUCAUUGAAUUGGGGCAAAAAAGAUUUUGCGAUACCUAAAACAAACAAUUAACUUAGGUUUAACUUGUAAAAGAGGAAACUUUGAAAUAAAUGGGUACGCUGAUGCAGAUUGAGGAUCUGAUGCAACAAACAGAAAAUCCUAUAUCGUAUAUGUUUUAUCAUGUGCAAUGCCACGAUUUCAUGGAAAUUUCAGAAACAAAAGACUGUAACGAUGUCAUCAGCAGAAGCUGAGUAUAUGUCAGUAGCGAAAACAUCCGAAGAAGCUAUACAUAUGAAGUACUUCCUUUUUUUAUGUGCAAUCGUGUUAUGUGCAAUGCCACGAUUUCGUGGAAAUUUCAGAAACAAAAGACUAACGAUGUCAUCAGCAGAAGUUAAGUAUAUGUCAGUAGCGACAACAACCGAAGAAGCUAUACAUAUGAAGAACUUCCUUAAAGAACUUGGAUUAAAUGUAGAUAUUAAAAUGUUUAAUGAUAAUCAAAGUGCGAAUUUACUCACGUGAGAUGUAGUAUUUCAUGCGCGAUCGAAACACAUUGAUCUCAGGUAUCAUUUUAUAAGAGAUGCAAUAAAAAAUAAUGCAUUUGAAUUGAAAUACAUACUAACAGAGAAAAUAGUAACAGAUGUGUUAACUAAACCGUUGUGAAAGUUGAAGCAUGUGUUCUCCUGUAAAGGGAUAGGGUUAAAAGAAGUAGAAUGAAUUGUAAUGCAUUUAAAGGAAAAUAAAGAAAUUUUAUUUUGUUUUCAGUUAUCGAUGCAUAGUAUGCAUUGAGGGUUGGGGUGUUAAGAAAUAUUAAUGCAUCUGGUACGUGUGUGCGCGCGCGCGCGCGUGUGUAUGUGCGUGUACGUGACUACGUGUUCAGAAGAAGAAUAAACUAAUAAAGCUUUUAUAAAUUAGUAAAACCACGUCCAACCUCACGUAUUAUAACCCAUAAAUUUUAACAUAUAAAAUUACAAUUAUUUUGUAAUCAUCAAUGUUUCACGUGUACCUACGCGCAACAAAUUAAAAAUGACUUUUAUUAGACCAAGCUAGAAAUCCUUAUGGAUAUCAUUGUAUGCCAAACGGUUAAAAAUGGCGCACGUUCAGUUUACGAUCUUCCAUAGACAAUAAAAUGAAACGAUCACUUAAGCGAGGUGGAGUUUCGCGUAAUCCGAUAUGUGUAAAAUACCAUGUUCAGUCGAGGCCACGUGCAAGCUGGCGCCGCAAGCUCGGGGAUUAAUUCUGGACGUAUGUAGCUCAGCCACUUGGGUGCUGCACGCCGCGGCGGGGUCACCGCUCGUCGCAAGCGAUCCUUUCCAGAAUUCAUUCCCUGCAGAAAGAUUCGUUCAGAGAUUACCAGUGGAAAUCGCGGGAUGCGAACCGAGCAACUGAAGCGUAAUCGACAAACCUGGCAGCGCGUUACCGUCCCACGCGUACGUCACCACUAGAAGCUUGUCUGCGUCCGUCCCUCUGAACCGGAUGUGCGGCUCUCUACGGGCGAAAUGUAUCUUUAUAUCUGCAACAAGAUUACGGGUCAUUUUGCGACCAUCUCAGUUUCUCAUCGAGACGGUACAAUUGAAAUCGUUAGUGAACCUCCGAGAUAGCCGCCGUUCCCAACGUCGCCGCAUUUCUGUUGGGUGAAAUACGAGAACACUAUGUCCGAGACGUAUUUCAGCUUCUUGUUCAUCUUCUUGAUCGCGAUCUCGAAGGUUUUUAAGAAGUAUAUCUCUUGGUCCUUCAUUAUGCUCCAGACACCUGAAAAUUGAAUUCCGGUCACUGGGCUGGUACGUGCCGUGCGUUUCAUUAGAAAGUUCUGUUUCUCUAGAGUGUAUUAUGCUUUCGUUUAAUACUCUUCUUGAUGGUUGUAAAUGUAAUCUAUUUAAUUUAUAGUUAGAAGUGGGUUAAAAGAACCAUGCCAUCUCAAAAUUAAAUGCAUUUGGAGAAACAUGUUCUGAGAAAUUUUGUUGGUUAAUAUUAGAACCUCAGGUAUUUUAAUUUUAUUGUAAAGUUAAUUAUUUUUUGUUAAAUUAC